CCCAAAACCCAAACCCCGAUGCCCUCGCCGCCGCCCUGACCCCGCCGCCUCUCGCCGCCGCAACCAUGAUGCCCAGGGCGUCCAAGCCGUCCUCCUCCUCCUCCUCCUCCUCCGCGUCCAAGCCGAGGAGGGUCUCCCCUUCCCCGUCCCCCGGGACGGCGCCCAAGACCGCCAAGAAUGUUGUCGCCGGUGCCCCCCGCCGCCGCCGCAGCCCGCUCUCCGAUCUCAACUCCGGGGACGCCUCCGCCGCGCGCGGUGGGUGUUUCAGGUUCCUUGUCUCCUCCGCGUCGGGUUCCAGGUCGAGGACCCCCACCCCGACCCCGACCCCGACCCCGGCGGCUGAGGCCGGGAGGGGGCGCCAGCGGCGGGUGGCGGAUCAGGAGUCGAGGACGGCCCGGGUGGAGCGGAUGCCGAGGUCGGGUGGUGGUGGUGGUCUGAUCAGGACGGGGACGGCGAGGAAGCAAGCGCCGCCGGCGAGGGAGCAGCUGCAUCAUCAUCAGCAGCAGCAGCAGCAGGUGCUGCAUCUUGCCGAGGCGCUAACGCCGCAGAGGAAGGCGGACGCAGGGGCCACGCCGGCGUCCGGGGCGACGCCGCCGAUCCACGCCUCGAUCUCGCCGGAGGUGCUGCCCUGCGGCUCCGCCACGCCGGCGUGCUUCGCGGCGGGCCACCACGUCGUGCCGGGGGUCGGCGACCGGCGCAAGUGCCGGCCCAGGGGCAUCCUGGCCAUCGCCGGGGAGGGGGCGAGCGAGGACCUCGACGCCGACCCGUCCAGGGCGUCGAUCCAGUGGCUGUCCUCGCCGUCGGGGGAUGGGGCCGGGACGUGCUCGACGAAAUGCGCCAACGAGGCAUCGGUGAACUGGCUGCCGUCACCGCAUGAGGAACGCGGGGUGGAUUUGCUGGGCGAUGAGAUCUUUGUGCCGAGAUGCUCCUUGGAGGACGCCUUCUGGCAAUUCUCCCCCGACUGCACGGGGCUGUUGAGCUCGCCGGUGCUCGGUGGUCUACUGGACAUUGGCACGCCGGCAUCCGAAUUGUCUGAGACAACACCAUCAUCGGGAUUCCUCCCCGCGCAGAAGACGCCGAGUACCGGCGACAGCAUUAGUCCCUUCUCCCUUAUUGUGAAGAGGGCAUCACAAUCACUGUCCUCUAGAGGACUCAAGUCCUUGUGUUCCCAGCAAGGGCUGGGCAGCUCCAGCUAUGGAUUGGCAGCUGAUCCGACAGCGAUCUCCAAUGAGUCAUGGAACAGCAAGUGCUCAGGGCUGACGAGGACUUGCAGUCGUCCUUUGACAAAAAUGGAUCCAGUGGUAGAAUGUCUCGAGAUGAUGACUUUGUCCCCAAGGCCUGGGGAUCCCGAUUAUUGCGAACAUGGUGCCUUGCCUGCACCAUUGCCUGAUCUUAGCUUCCAGUUUUCAGGUGCUCCAACUCCUCUGGAAUCGAUAGAUUUGACUUCGUUUAAGAGGUCACCUUGUGGCAUAGAAUUGAAGGGGAAGUGUGCGAGUUUGCAGAAACUGGUACCUGCAGAGACCCGAAUCUCUUGGCGAGAAGGGCUAGUUAGCAGAAUGUUUGACAUGGGUGAUCUCGACUGCUGCAAGUGGUGGUCUGAUGAUGAGGAUGGACCAUAUGUUCAACACAGUGACGACUCCAAGUUUCAGCCAGUUAGCCCUUCUUGCCUGCAAGAAUGUGGCGACCAAAUGGCAGCAUGUGGCUUUGGCUCAGUUGAGUUUGAUUAUAGUUGCAGUGAAAUGUAUAAUGCCAAGCCUUCUCCAAACCCUGUUUCAGUCGCAGAGUCUAUGAGAGCAGAAGGAUUUGAGCUUGUCUCGUCCGAUGACUCGGAUUGGACUCUCUUGUACAAGAAUGGCUUAUUUGAGACAUGAGUUUGUCUGAAUUGGAGUGAGCUUUCUCUGUUCAGAUGUUGUAUACUAAUUGUAGCAUGAGAACCAUUGCAAAUACAGGAGUUUGUGUUUGCUCACCGGCCUUGUAUUUUUUUUUCAAGAGUUUUCUGUUUUUAAUCCUUGAGCAGCCGUACAUGUAAAUUACGUUGGUAGAUAGAUUUGUUUCUUGAAUAACUCUUCCGGUUCAUUUUUAUUCCAGUGGUUGCAACUCAGAGCAACAUGAGUAACUGAGUGUUAUACCAUAUUGGUCUACCUUUC